AAAUUAAAAAGUACAUUGAACAGGCUUCGGAAAGUGGUACUGUUCCAUCCCUUUCGGGAUUCGUCAAGCAAAAUAUUGAUCUAGUAGUUCGUUCUCCUCCGAAAGGGACUGAUUUUAAUAGUAUCGCCCUCGCCAGAGUGAUGAUGCAGGAAGCUCCAGUCAGGUAUCGCCCUCGCCAGAGUGAUGAUGCGGGAAGCUCCAUUCAGAUUAAACUUGACGCACCUGAUUGGAAUAGUAUUAUCGAAAUGCGAUAUGAGGAACGAAUUACAGUUAAAUGUCGUAAAAACACAUACCUUCUGUAUGAAAACGAAAACGAAAUUAUUGGAAACCAAUUAUCAAAAAACCAGGAAAAUCAUCUUGCAAGUCAUAAAUCUAAUUUACAGAAUGAAGACUUUGCGACGAUUAAUGAGAAAGAAAUAAAUGCCUCUCAGAAAGAACUAUCAUUAGAGAUUGUUGAUUAUGAUGGAUUGGUUAGCAAAAUCAUUGCUCCUGAUGAUGGCUAUCAAACCCUCCCUCAUCAAAUUACAAGCAAUAUAUAUAUUAACGAAAUAUCAAUUGACGAAAAUAUUUUAAGAAUAUCAGCUGAAAGUUUGGUGAAACUUGAUGAAUCUAAGCAAUUAUUAAGUUUAUCAUUUCAUAGAAACAAAAAAUGA